AUGGAGGGACUCGUCAAGUCCGGCGUCAUGAUCCUCCUUAGCGAGAUCGGGGACAAGACGUUCUUCAUCGCGGCGAUCAUGGCGAUGCGCCACUCCCGCGUCACGGUCUUCGCCGGCGCGAUCGGCGCGCUCGGGGUCAUGACCGCGCUCUCCGCCGCGAUGGGGUGGGCGGCUCCGACCCUCAUCAGCAAAGUCUACACGCACUACGUCGCCGUGGCGUUGUUUCUCUUCUUCGGCGCCAGGUCGCUGUACGACUCGACCAUCGCGUGGGAUGGCGGCGGGCAAGCGGACGAGCUCCGCGAGGUCGAGGAGGAGCUCGGGGACGAGACGACGGGGAAGGAUAAGGGCGCGCUCCUCGGGUGGAAGAAAACGCUCACGUUCGGGGGGUUACUCUCCCCGAUUUUCCUCCAGACGUUUUUCAUCACGUUCGUCGCCGAGUGGGGCGACCGGUCGCAGAUAGCGACGAUCGGCCUCGCGGCGUCGUCGGACCCGUACGGCGUCACCCUGGGCGGGAUCGCCGGGCACGCGAUCUGCACGGGCGCGGCCGUCCUCGGCGGGCGGCACAUGGCGAGCAAGGUGUCCGAACGCGCGGUUUCCGCGUGCGGCGGCGUGUUGUUCGUGUUGUUUGGCCUGCACGCGCUCUACGUCGGGCCCGAGUGA